AACCCCAGGCACCCUAUUGGCCACCGCUGUGCACGCGGAGACUGCUGGGUUCAUAUUAAAGGCGCGAGAGCGUUUCUCCGAAGCGUUACUCCAAAGUUUCUGGUCAGUCACAGCGCACGUGCACUCACUCCAAAGUGUUACGCAAGCUCGCAGCACCUGGUGUUCACUCGGUCCGCGGCGUCUAGGCGUGAUGACGUCAUCUUCGCUAUCGGUACCGGAGCGGCGCACGGCGCGGAUUGUCUUCUUGGGCGCCGCCGGUGUGGGAAAGACGGCGCUGAUUGCGCGCUUCCUGCAGGACCGUUUCGAGCCACGGCACGCGCGCACCGUGGAGGAGCUGCACGCGCUCGAGUGCGACCUGGACGGAGCCGCGCGCCUGCGCCUGGAGAUCCUGGACACGAGCGGCAGCUACGCGUUCCCGGCCAUGCGCGCGCUGCGCAUUCGCACCGGCGACGCCUUCGCGCUCGUGUACGCGGCGCGCGAUCGCGGCUCGCUCGAGGAGGCGCAGCGCCUGCGCGACGAGAUCCUCGAGAUCAAGGGCGACGCGUUCAACGCCAUCACCGUGGUGGAGAGCAAAGCGGACCUAGCGAGCCGCAGCCGCGCCGAGUGCGCGCGCGCCAUGCGCGCCGUGGAGGACGAGUGGCACGCGGGGUUCGUGAGCGCGUCCGCGCGAACCGGUGAGAACGUCGCCGCGGUGUUCCGAGAGCUGCUCGCGCGAGCCGACCUGCCCAGCCGCGUGAGUCCGGCGCUGCGCAGGCGCAGACAGAUUUGCGCGAGGGACUGUGGCGAUAAGAAAACGAGGAGGAAAAACAACAGCUGCGUUCUGUCUUAGACAAAAACCUGCAUCGUUAACCUGCACUAACGCAUCACACUGACGCACUUCCGGUGUUGCCCUCACUCUGACCUUUCUAAACCACUGACUUUUUUUGGCACUUUAUGUGUCAACUGGAACUCUGAAGGGGGAAAACAGUGAAGAGUAAAUAAUGUGUGUGAAUGAGUGAAAUGCUGUUUCACUGAACGAAUAAACACUUUUCUACCUUUUA